AAGGCCCUAACCACCACCCAUCGGGAGCCAGGGUGAAGUGUCUUGCUCAAGGACACAACAGACGUGACAAGGUUGGUAGAAGGUGGGGAUUGAACCAGGAACCCUCAGGUUGCUGUCACGCAACCUCGCCACGCCGUCCCCAUAAUCAUGUAAUUAAAACAAAUUCAAAGGUGUCUGUACCACAGCCAAUCUUUUUUAAUUGUAUUAACUUUAAUAAUUGAACUUAAUUAUUUAAUUAUAGCUGACUUUUAAGUUUGUUUUGACAUGAAACAUUCCAGGGCUGGGUCAGGCUAGCAUAUAAAAGGAUGGCUGGUUGUUGUCCUCAGUACCAAGUAUCUUCGCUGCAAAGGUAACACGACACAACUUUACUAACUUUGACAUUUUGAAUACAACAGUGUGUCUAUCAUUGCACAGAUGGCAUUUUCUCUUCGCGUCUUCAUCCUCCUGUGUGGAAUCGGUGGAGUGUUUGGUGUCUGUCCUCUAGGCUGGACUCUGUUUGAUUCAAACUGUUACAUCUACCAAAACGUUCCCAAGACUUUUCAGGCAGCAGAGGCUGCCUGCACCGCUCUUCAUCCUUCAGCCCAUCUGGUGUCCAUCUACACUGUUGAAGAAAACAAUCAAGUUAAAAAUCUGAUUACCGUCGCAGACCCCUGGAUAGGACUCAAUGACACUGCCACGGACGGUUGCUUUGUUUGGACUGUUGGACAAACCGUUGCCCUCCUACCCUUUGCCGACCAACUGCCUCAAAUCCCGAAUGGAAUGCAAGAGUGUGUGUACAUUGCACAAACUGAUGGAAAGUGGCACGCUGACACCUGCAAUGUGCUGAAGCCAUAUGUUUGCAAGAGACCAUAGCCCUAACCUAAUCAUACAAUACAUGAGUAAUCUAUGACUCUGUGUGCCACAUAUUGGCCAAUAAGCUUUUUCGAUCUGUCCUAAGGAACUUUCCAAAUACGCUUUUACCGACUUUAACGUUCAAUGCUAUUGAAUAAAUGCUUUCUGAAACAAGAGCGUGGGGGGUGGAGUCUGCAGACGAGCGCUUGUCAGUGACGGUGGAGGACAGACAAACAAGAUUUUUACGACAAAGUUCUGUAGAAAAUUUCCUUUUUAUGGGACAUUUGUGCGUUUGUUUUCUCGUUUGGCUGUGUUGUUUGUCGCAUUUUGGCUGUGUUUGUGCUUGAUGGCAAACAUGUCAAGGAGGUCAUGGUUGGGAUAUAAACAUACUCUUGAUGUUCAAUGUUUCAUUGUUCAUUUACACUCUGGCUGUC